UUGCAUCUAAGCUUGAUUCGGCUUCACCAUCAAUAUGUACGUGGUUGGACGUUGGUCUUGAGAUUGGAAUACCYYGUGACAUAUUACAGCAWAUGGAAAAGGACCAUACCUGCAAUCCAACUGAAGAGUUGUUUAGAUGUCUUUAUACAGGUGCACGAAAUGUCAAAGCAAGUGUAGUAGUUGAUUACCUGACGCAGAUGAAAAGAUUGGAUAUUCUUGAAGAACUCAAAGAAAUGUCACAAUCAUUAGAAUUUGAUUCAAAAGAUACUCAAGACAUUUUCAAACUUGGAUCAGAAGUUCUUGGUAGAAUGUCCAGGAGGUUGAAUGAAGACUCUCCAGGUGUGGAAGGCUGGAAGGGGCUUGCAARUCGUUUUCUAUCUGACCAGUACAUCGAUGAUCGAGAUAUCAUUUCCAAGCUGGAGCCACCACAUCAGCAUGAAAUCCAUAGCCCAACUAAGAAAGUCAUAGAAUGGCUUACAGCAAACAAACCAGAAGUCACUGUUAAUGAGCUAAUUCAAAAAUGUAGAGAAAUUGGUCGUAAUGAUGCUGCGAAUAUCCUGAGUAAGCACUAUAAUGUUGAAUUUUCUUGUAAUGACCCAGGUAGCCCAAAAUUUCCUUCGCCGGUACAAGAAACAACCACGGCAAAAGGUGAGAAAUGAAACUAUAGAUUUAGUCACAAUUCAUGCAUUCUCAAUGAAGGCUGGCUUCUAAUUUAGUUGAAUUAAUUGAGUAACCUAACUAACAGGUAAAUUAA